AUGGCGCCGCUGUUAAGAUGGCUGGUUAUCCUGUAUUUAGUAGGCUUAUCUUUGCAAGAAGAUUCGAAAGUUGAGAAAAGUUCGGGACGAGAGUUUUUUAUAGGUUUUCUAAAACUGAGUGCCACCCAAGCACAAUAUAUCACCAUAACAAGUUAUAAUAAGCCAGCUGUUGUCAAUGUUACAAAUAAGUUUGAUAAUACAGCUGACGAAUACACUAUUGCAUCGUAUGAAUCAAAAACACUAAUAUUCGCAACUACUAUGAAUAUUGUUGCAAGUGAUUUGACUUCUAAAAUCGUGCAUAUCGUCUCAGAUGAAGAUAUAACAGUUAGUAGUUUUUAUAUCUUUAAUUCUGCAUUGGCUUCAACAUUAGUUUUACCGAGUCAUCUAUACGAUAAGGAUUAUGUCGUCGCUGCGUAUAUUCCAUAUUAUUCCAUCAAACUAUUAAUAAUCGCUAAGUACGCCGACACACAUCUUAAUAUCAGUUUCCCAGCGAGUAUUGACUAUUCUGGUGAAUAUUAUUCAAGAAGUAGAAACUUAUCUAUUACUUUACAAUCUUCGCAAGGAUUUCAUUUAAGAGCGGGCAGAGACAUAUCUGGCGCUAUUAUCUAUUCCGAUAAAGAUGUUGGAGUCUUGACUGGUAAUACAUGUGCAUAUAUACCUAAAGGUACGGAUAGAUGUGAUAGUAUACAAGAAUUUCAUUUACCUAUUACACGUCUUGGUAAGAACUAUAUUAUAUCGACGUUCGCUGAUAGAACAGCUGGUGAUGUAUAUCGUGUUGUCGGCGGUCAUGAUAAUACGACAGUAAGUGUCAAAGUAACGUCUCAAAAUUAUCAACUGUCUCGAGGAGAUUUUGUAGAAUUUGAGUUAAACAGCGGUAAUAGUUCGUAUGUUACAUGCGAUAAGCCAUGCUUAGUUACUCAAUUCGCGAAAGGAAGCCAAGCAGAUAAUACUAAAAGCGAUCCAUUCAUGACAUUUGUACCAGCAAUAGAACAAUACAGUCGAGAUUACAAUACAUUCUUGCCGUCUGCUCUUACAAAUGUACGAGCUGAUCGAAAUUAUGCGUUGAUUACUAUACAAGACAAAUAUAAGAACGGAUUGAUGCUAAACGGAGUAAUACUACAAGGUAUUACCUGGCGACAAAUCCUUACAAAUACUGUUAGCGAAACUUAUGUUACUGCAUCUGUUCCUGUUACAAUUGGCGGAAUAAGAAUAACUCAUAACGAUUCUAACGCGUUAUACGGAUUAAUUUACUACGGCUGGAGUCAAAAUCUCGCGGGAUACGGUCACUUAGGCGGUAUACGAAUUGUUAAAGUCUAUCCAUGUAAGUUACUAUCAUAA